AUUCCUUUUUGACAGCUGUCACUCUGACAACUGCACAAGGUUUUUUGCGGUGUUAUUUUAAAUCGGUUUUAAUUGCUAAAGCAAUUUGAAUUUCACCAUGGCAACUGAAGACAAGUUAACCCUUGAAGAAAAAUAUAACUAUAUUUCAAGGAACUUACAAGAAGUUCUUGGUGAAGAUAAAAUUAAAGCUGUUUUAAAAGAGCGCGAUUUAAAAAUUUACUGGGGUACUGCUACAACUGGCAAACCACAUAUAGCUUAUUUUGUGCCUAUGUCUAAAAUAGCUGAUUUCUUAAGAGCUGGGGCUGAAGUAACAAUUUUAUUUGCUGACUUGCAUGCUUACUUAGACAACAUGAAAGCUCCUUGGGAAUUGUUGGAGUUGAGGGUGCAAUACUAUGAACACUCCAUUAAGGCAAUGCUCUCUUCCAUUGGGGUUCCCUUAGACAAACUAAAGUUUGUCAAGGGAACAACUUACCAAUUAUCUAAAGAAUAUACUCUAGAUGUAUACAGAUUAAGUUCAGUAAUAACAGAACAUGACGCGAAAAAAGCAGGUGCUGAAGUUGUUAAACAAGUUGACCAUCCUUUGGUCAGUGGGCUUCUCUACCCAGGGCUGCAAGCUCUUGAUGAAGAGUACCUGAAAGUAGAUGCUCAGUUUGGUGGCAUUGAUCAACGAAAAAUCUUCACAUUUGCUGAAAAAUACUUGCCACAAUUAGGUUACCAAAAAAGGGCUCAUCUUAUGAAUCCUAUGGUGCCUGGAUUAACUGGAAACAAAAUGUCUUCAUCUGAAGAGGACAGUAAAAUUGAUUUACUGGAUUCACCUGCCAAUGUAAAGAAGAAGUUGAAGAAAGCUUUCUGUGAACCAGGCAAUGUAGAAAAUAAUGGAGUUCUAUCAUUUGCCCAGCAUGUGCUCUUCCCACUUAUUCACACAAAACCUGAUGAGAAGUUUAUAGUACCAAGGAAACCUGAAAAUGGAGGAGACAUUUCAUUUGAAACCUUCCAAGCUCUAAGUGAUGCUUUUGGUAAAGAGGAAGUUCAUCCUGCUGAUUUAAAAGCUGGUGUAGAAGUCUACAUUAACAGAUUACUAGAGCCCAUCAUUAAAACCUUCCAAGACCCAAAGUUAAAGCAACUUGCUGAGAAAGCUUAUCCUGCUCCAGGAAAACAAAAGGGCGGAAAUCAACCUGCAGCAGCUGAGGAACUUGUUGGCAGCCGUUUAGAUUUGCGUGUCGGAAAAAUUGUGGAUGUAUCUGUUCAUCCUGAUGCUGAAAGUUUGUAUGUCAGCAAAAUAGACCUUGGAGAAGAACAACCAAGAACAAUUGUAAGUGGCUUGGUAAAAUACAUCCCAAUUGAAGAAAUGAAAGGUAGACAGGUGGUGGUUUUAUGUAACUUAAAGCCUGCCAAACUUAGAGGAAUUGAAUCCAAUGGAAUGGUUCUUUGCUGCAAGAUUGAAGAGGAGGAAAAACUAGAAACUCUUGCCCCACCAGAAGAUGCUGCACCUGGUGAAAGAAUUUUGAUUGAAAAUUAUGAAGAUGGAAAACCUGAUGAAGUCUUGAAUCCCAAAAAGAAAGUAUGGGAAAAACUAUCAGUUGACUUGAAAACUAAUGCUGAUUGUGUAGCUCAGUGGCAAGGAAACAACUUGUUGACAAAGUCAGGAGGCAAGAUCACCACUAAGGCAAUCCCAAAUUGUCUUAUUCGAUAAUUCUGAUCAAACCUAAUAAUUAAGAAUAAAACCAUUUUAUAUACUUAUUUAUAUGCAUUUAUUAAAGUUAAAUGUGUUA